AUGAUGGAUAUGAGUGAACUCGGAGAAUCAGCCUGCUAUCUCCGCCAGGGCUACCAGGAACUGAUGAAGGUGCACACUGUCCCAUGGGAUGGCAAGAAACGGGUCUGGGUGCCCGAUGAACAGGACGCCUAUGUUGAGGCCGAGAUCAAGACUGAGGCUACUGGAGGCAAAGUCACCGUGGAGACCAAAGACCAGAAGGUGCUGACGGUACGCGAAACGGAGGUGCAACCCAUGAACCCACCCCGCUUCGACUUGCUGGAGGACAUGGCCAUGAUGACGCAUCUCAAUGAGGCUGCGGUGCUGCACAACCUGCGCCAGCGAUAUGCUCGUUGGAUGAUCUAUACAUACUCGGGCCUCUUCUGUGUCACCAUUAACCCGUACAAAUGGCUCCCAGUCUACACAGCUGCUGUGGUGGCUGCCUACAAGGGCAAGCGGCGCUCUGAGGCCCCGCCUCAUAUAUACGCAGUGGCGGAUAAUGCCUACAAUGACAUGCUCCGCAACCGAGAGAACCAGUCCAUGCUGAUCACCGGAGAGUCGGGGGCCGGUAAGACGGUUAACACCAAGCGGGUCAUUCAGUACUUUGCCAUCGUCGCUGCCCUGGGAGACGGGCCGGGCAAGAAGGCACAAUUUCUGGCAACAAAGACUGGCGGGACCCUCGAGGAUCAAAUCAUCGAGGCUAACCCUGCCAUGGAGGCUUUUGGCAACGCCAAGACUCUGAGGAACGACAACUCCUCCCGCUUUGGCAAGUUCAUCCGCAUCCACUUUGGUCCCACCGGGAAGCUGGCCUCUGCGGACAUUGACAGCUAUCUUCUGGAAAAGUCACGAGUCAUCUUCCAGCUGCCUGGUGAGCGUGGUUACCAUGUCUACUACCAGAUCCUCUCGGGGAAGAAGCCAGAGCUUCAGGAUUGCCACUGCUCCUGCCGUCCUGAACUAGAACCCCCACCCAGCACCAAGGGAAUCCAGUGCCAAAAUAUAGCCACUUUCACUUUCGCAAGCCCUUUGAAGCACGCGAUGGAUAUCCUGGGCUUCAGUGUGGAUGAGAAGUGUACCUGCUAUAAGAUCGUGGGCGCCCUCCUGCACUUCGGAAACAUGAAGUUCAAACAGAAGCAGAGAGAGGAGCAGGCUGAGGCAGACGGCACUGAGAGUGCUGACAAGGCUGCCUACCUAAUGGGGGUCAGCAGUGGAGACCUCCUCAAAGGUCUUCUGCACCCCCGGGUUCGUGUGGGAAAUGAGUACGUGACCAAGGGCCAGAGUGUGGAGCAGGUGGUAUUUGCUGUGGGGGCCCUGGCCAAGGCCACCUAUGAUCGACUGUUCCGGUGGUUGGUGUCCCGGAUCAAUCAGACCCUGGACACAAAGUUGCCCCGACAGUUCUUCAUCGGAGUCCUGGACAUCGCUGGCUUUGAGAUCUUUGAGUUCAACAGCUUCGAGCAGCUGUGCAUCAACUUCACCAACGAGAAGCUGCAGCAGUUCUUCAACCAGCACAUGUUCGUGCUGGAGCAGGAGGAGUACAAGAAGGAAGGCAUCGAGUGGGAGUUCAUCGACUUCGGGAUGGACCUGCAGCCUUGCAUCGACCUCAUCGAGAAGCCUCUGGGCAUUCUGUCCAUCCUGGAGGAGGAAUGCAUGUUCCCCAAGGCUUCGGAUGCCAGCUUCAGGGCCAAGCUCUAUGACAAUCACUCCGGAAAGUCACCUAACUUCCAGCAGCCUCGCCCAGACAAGAAACGCAAGUACCAGGCUCACUUUGAGGUGGUCCACUACGCAGGCGUGGUACCUUAUAGCAUCGUGGGCUGGCUGGAGAAAAACAAGGACCCCCUCAAUGAAACGGUGGUCCCCAUCUUCCAAAAGUCACAGAACAGGCUCUUGGCCACCCUCUAUGAAAACUAUGCAGGCUCUUGCUCCACUGAACCCCCCAAGUCUGGGGUGAAAGAGAAGCGUAAGAAGGCAGCAUCGUUUCAGACAGUGUCUCAACUUCACAAGGAGAACCUCAACAAGCUCAUGACCAACCUGCGGGCCACACAGCCCCACUUCGUCCGUUGCAUCGUCCCUAACGAGAACAAGACUCCAGGGGUCAUGGAUUCCUUCUUGGUGCUACACCAGCUACGCUGCAAUGGGGUCCUGGAGGGGAUCCGGAUCUGUCGCCAAGGAUUCCCCAACAGGCUGCUGUAUGCAGACUUCAGACAGCGGUACCGCAUCCUGAACCCCAGUGCCUUCCCGGAUGACACUUUUGUGGACAGCAGGAAGGCCACAGAGAAGCUGCUGGGCUCCCUGGACAUCGACCACACUCAGUAUCAGUUUGGUCAUACCAAGGUGUUUUUCAAGGCUGGGCUUCUAGGCAUCUUGGAAGAGCUCCGGGACCAGCGACUGGCUAAGGUGUUGACCCUGCUGCAGGCUCGCAGCCGAGGCCACCUCAUGCGCCUGGAGUACCAGCGCAUGCUAGGAGGAAGGGAUGCCCUGUUUACCAUCCAGUGGAACAUCCGGGCCUUCAAUGCCGUCAAGAACUGGUCCUGGAUGAAGCUCUUCUUCAAGAUGAAGCCGCUGCUGCGCUCGGCACAGGCAGAGGAGGAGCUGGCGGCACUGCGGGCCGAGCUGCGGGGGCUGCGAGGAGCACUGGCUGCUGCUGAGGCCAAGCGUCAGGAACUGGAGGAGACUCACGUCAGCGUCACUCAGGAGAAGAACGACCUGGCCCUGCAGCUGCAGGCCGAGCAAGACAACCUAGCAGACGCAGAGGAACGCUGCCAUUUGCUGAUCAAGUCCAAGGUGCAGCUUGAGGCGAAGGUGAAGGAGCUGAAUGAGCGCCUAGAAGACGAGGAGGAAGUGAACGCCGAUUUGGCCGCCCGCAGGCGCAAGCUGGAGGAUGAGUGCACGGAGCUCAAGAAGGACAUCGAUGACCUGGAGCUGACGUUGGCCAAGGCUGAGAAGGAGAAACAAGCCACUGAGAAUAAGGUGAAGAACCUCACGGAGGAGAUGGCUGCGCUGGAUGAAUCCGUGGUCCGACUGACCAAAGAGAAGAAGGCACUGCAGGAGGCUCACCAGCAGGCCCUGGGCGACCUGCAGACCGAGGAGGACCGCGUGAGCGCACUGGCCAAGGCCAAGAUCCGGCUGGAGCAGCAAGUAGACGAUCUGGAAUGCUCCCUGGAGCAAGAGAAGAAGCUACGCAUGGACACAGAGCGUGCCAAGCGCAAACUUGAAGGAGACCUGAAGCUGACACAGGAGACGGUGACGGACACCACCCAGGACAAGCACCAGCUGGAAGAGAAGCUGAAGAAGAAGGAUUCCGAGCUGAGUCAGCUGAACCUGCGGGUGGAAGACGAGCAGCUCCUGGGGGUCCAGCUGCAGAAGAAGAUCAAGGAACUACAGGCGCGGGCAGAAGAGCUGGAGGAGGAGCUGGAGGCUGAGCGAGCAGCCCGGGCCCGGGUGGAAAAGCAGCGAGCAGAGGCAGCCCGAGAGCUGGAGGAGCUCAGCGAGAGGCUCGAGGAGGCUGGUGGGGCCUCGGCUGGGCAGCGCGAGGGCUGCCGCAAGCGUGAGGCUGAGCUGGGCCGGCUGCGGCGGGAGCUGGAGGAGGCGGUUCUGAGACACGAGGCCACCGUGGCCGCCCUGCGCCGCAAGCAAACAGACAGUGCGGCGGAGCUGAGCGAGCAGGUGGACAGCCUGCAGCGGAUCCGGCAGAAACUGGAAAAGGAAAAGAGUGAGCUACGCAUGGAGGUGGACGACCUGGGGGCCAGCGUGGAAACUCUGGCCCGUGGCAAGGCAAGCGCAGAAAAGCUGUGCCGGACCUAUGAGGAUCAGCUAAGUGAGGCCAAGAUCAAAGUGGAGGAGCUGCAGCGACAGCUGGCUGACGCCAGCACCCAGCGCGGGCGGUUACAGACCGAGAAUGGGGAGCUGGGCCGUCUGCUCGAGGAGAAGGAGUCUAUGAUCAGCCAGCUGAGCCGCGGGAAGACCUCAGCAGCUCAGAGUCUGGAGGAACUUCGGCGGCAGCUGGAAGAGGAGAGCAAGGCCAAGGGAGCACUGGCCCAUGCGGUGCAGGCUCUGCGGCACGACUGUGACCUCCUCCGGGAGCAGCAUGAGGAAGAGUCGGAGGCUCAGGCCGAGCUGCAGCGGCUGCUGUCCAAAGCCAACGCUGAGGUGGCCCAGUGGAGAAGCAAGUAUGAGGCAGAUGCCAUCCAGAGGACGGAGGAGCUGGAGGAGGCCAAGAAGAAGUUAGCCCUGCGGCUGCAGGAGGCAGAAGAAGGGGUAGAGGCUGCAAAUGCUAAAUGCUCGUCCCUGGAGAAGGCCAAGCUGCGGCUGCAGACAGAGUCAGAGGAUGUGACCUUGGAGCUGGAGCGGGCCACCUCAGCCGCUGUGGCACUCGAUAAGAAGCAGCGGCAUUUGGAGCGGGCACUGGAGGAGCGGAGGCGGCAGGAGGAGGAGAUGCAGCGGGAACUUGAGGCUGCACAGAGGGAGGCUCGAGGUCUGGGCACGGAGCUCUUUCGACUGCGGCAUAGCCACGAGGAGGCGCUCGAGGCCCUGGAAACGCUCAAGCGGGAGAACAAGAACCUGCAGGAGGAGAUCAGUGACCUCACAGACCAGGUCAGCCUCAGUGGGAAGAGCAUCCAGGAGCUGGAGAAAGCCAAGAAGACGCUGGAAGGGGAGAAGAGCGAGCUGCAAGCUGCACUGGAGGAGGCUGAGGGGGCGCUGGAGCUGGAAGAGACAAAGACCCUGCGGAUCCAGCUGGAGUUGUCCCAGGUCAAGGCAGAAGUGGACAGGAAGCUGGCGGAGAAGGACGAGGAGUGCACUAACCUGAGGCGCAACCAGCAGCGAGCAGUGGAGUCCCUGCAGGCCUCCCUGGAUGCAGAGACUCGGGCCCGCAAUGAAGCACUGCGGCUCAAGAAGAAGAUGGAGGGGGACCUCAAUGACCUGGAGCUGCAGCUGGGCCAUGCCACCCGUCAGGCCAUGGAGGCACAGGCAGCCACUAGGCUACUGCAGGCCCAGCUCAAGGAGGAACAAGCCGGGCGCGAUGAGGAGCAGCGGCUAGCUGCUGAGCUCCGUGAGCAGGGUCAGGCCCUUGAGCGCAGGGCUGCACUCCUGGCUGCCGAGCUGGAAGAGCUGCGGACGGCCCUGGAACAGGGUGAGCGCAGCCGGAGGCUGGCUGAACAGGAGCUGCUGGAGGCCACCGAGCGCCUCAACCUGCUGCAUUCACAGAACACAGGCCUCCUGAACCAGAAAAAGAAGCUGGAGGUGGACUUGGCCCAGCUGAGUGGGGAAGUGGAAGAGGCGGUGCAGGAGAGGCGGGAAGCUGAGGAGAAGACCAAGAAGGCCAUAACUGAUGCGGCCAUGAUGGCUGAGGAGCUGAAGAAGGAGCAGGACACGAGCGCACACCUGGAGCGGAUGAAGAAGACACUGGAACAGACGGUGCGGGAGCUGCAGGCUCGCCUGGAGGAGGCAGAGCAGGCUGCCCUCCGCGGUGGGAAAAAGCAAGUGCAGAAGCUGGAGGCCAAGGUGCGGGAGCUGGAGGCAGAGCUUGAUGCAGAGCAGAAGAAGCAUGCCGAGGCCCUUAAGGGUGUGCGCAAACACGAGCGCAGGGUCAAGGAGCUCGUAUACCAGACGGAGGAGGACAGGAAGAACCUGGCUCGCAUGCAGGACCUGGUGGACAAGCUGCAGAGCAAGGUCAAGAGCUACAAGCGCCAGUUUGAGGAGGCGGAGCAGCAGGCCAGCACCAACUUGGCUAAGUAUCGCAAGGCCCAGCAUGAGCUGGAUGAUGCUGAGGAGCGAGCAGACAUGGCAGAGACCCAGGCUAACAAGCUGCGGGCAAGGACCAGGGAUGCCCUCGGCCCCAAGCAUAAGGAGUGACGUCCCAGGCUCUGAAGAGGGAUACCCACUGUGGUCCUGCUGUCUCUUCCCAUCUUUGGCCAGCCCACCCUCCGUGGAACCCUGAAUAAAUGCCGUGUC